UUUAAGGUCUUUAUCUUUCACGUUAUCUUCCUCUUUCAUUACGUAUCAAUCGUAUCUGUAAAACGCCUCCCAAAUAUCAAAUAUGUAAACUUGUAAAUGACUGAAUGUUUCUGAAUAAUACAUUAGAUUAGUGAAUUUAACAAUUGACAAUGUUUUGUUUAAAGGUUAAUCCAGAUUUCGUGAUUUCUGUAAAGUUUCUGUUAUAUAUUGACUGACAAUCCCGACAGAAAGAUGUGGAUAUGCUGCGGACCUCGGAGUGUUGUGUUUAUGUUAUUGCUACAUACGGUGACUGCGAGUUCGAGUACGACUGAUCUGCCCAGUACAACAACAACAGAUGCCACAACUGCUACACUGGUAGCACCAAAUACAACCACGGUGACAGGGACUCAGACAACAACAUCAACAGUUAUGCCAACAACAACUUCAUCACCAUCAACAACUUCAUCAAUAAAUAUGUCUACAACAAAUUCAUCACUAUCAACAACUUCAUCAACAGAUAUGUCACCAACAACAACAACAACAAAAUCAUCAUCGUCUACAACAGCAUCACUAGCGACAGGCUCACCCACAACUACGAGCGAAAUUUCCACCUCACUGAAAACAACUGAAGUGUCAAACCAAACACAAAUCUCAUUAACAGCUAAUCCAGCUAUGCCAACAACCAGUUCAUCUUCAACUCACAUGGUAAGCACUGCACCAGAAAAUAUUUCAUCAUCAGUAGUCAGCGGGUCGUCUGCUUCGACAAUAUCCAAUCGCGAAAGUACGAAAUCAUCAGCUGCAAGUGACGCACAUACAGCUAAAACGGCAACGGGAAAUGUAACAACUAAUAUUAGCACAAGUACAUUAGCAACAGUGUCUACGUCAACUUCUAUUGCAGCUGCUGCAAUGACGUCGACAACCACGGUAAAGUUGACAACAUCUAAUUCAUCUGAUCCGAAAACUACUAAAAGAGCUACAAAUGAAAUAGGUGCGACAACACCAAAACCAUUAGAUAAUGCAAACAUUAAUGAAUCUUAUUCAACCACAGAAGGUUCUGUAGUGGUCUCAAAGAGCACAACGAAAGACUCAAAAAUCGGUCAUGGAGCAUCUGAAAAAUCAACGGGGUAUGAUCGUGAACUGACGAUAAUUUUUGGCUCGGCGUGUGGACUAAUGGCGAUCAUUAUAAUCGCGUUGUGUAUUUCAAGACGGCGGCAUAUUAAGAAACAGGAGCAAUUUUUGACGGGCGGGCAGGAUAUUGAAAUAACGUCAUCCAAAUUCUAAAUAAGCUUUAGAUUGUUCUCGAAAUGAUGUUUUAGGCAUUUUCACGUUUUAUAGUUGGAUUGAAUGAUUGAAUAUGAUCAUGUUAUCAUUUUAAUCUGUCAAGGGAGCGUCAUCUGGUUUCUAUCUAGAGUCGAUCUGCACGCUCAUCGGAAUAAAAUUCAUAUUUAUUUAUAAAUCGCGUGAAUAUAAAUGGUUCUGAGAGGGAUUGUUGCAGACUUUUAAACAGUGCCAACGGUCCCUUGCAUUUUACUUUCUGAUGUUGAUGUUACAUCGCUUUUCAUCAUUUCAUCAAGUUCUUUAAAACUUUAUUUAUGUUGGAGACAGUGUCAUCGACAUAUUACAUACGGCUUUUUUUUUUUUUUUUUUUGCUUUUUAAAAGAAAACUUAGAAUCUUGAUUGUAACACCGAGUUCGAAACCCAGUCUUAACUUAAGUGUCAAAUCGGAUGGUUCCGGGCCCAUUCUUGAAAUUGGCUAGAUACAAAGCUGCAUUCCGGGACCUCGGAACCAGAACGACUGGAUGACGUUUUUGUGUAACAUACUUUGGCUUUCCCUAACAAUUCGGGUGAAAAUUUUGAUUAUUUCAUUUGCAGAUACUAGUAAAUUGAUGGGUGGGAAAUAAUACUUUCCUUUUCCGUUGAGAAAUAAAUAGAGAAAUGAAAACUGGUAUAAUGUUACCAUUGGUGUCGUGUUUUUUCUGCCGUCCGUCUGUGCAUCUGCAUUUAGCUUGCGUGUACGACAGCAACGUUCAUUUCUUCAUUUUAUUUUUAUCCAGACUUGUUAACAACUUGUAUCUCUGUAAAACCUCAGUUCUUGUCGAAAGUCAGCCGUAUCAGACAUAGGGCGCCGCAGUUAUUUCCUUUCAAAUGGCAAAAACUACUGAGAUUAGUCUUGUGUGUAUACUAGGCCGUGAAGUGCAUCUUUAUCAAUAUUUGUAUAUGCAUCAAAUAAGGUCAAGUGUGAGAUGUAAAAAAGAUCCCGAUACCUUUCGAUAACCAGCCAUAUCAUGUACUUCGCAACUUAAAAUUGCAAAAAUAAAAGUACACUUUGGCGCCUUUAUUUAUCAUGUUUUGGUCAGAUGUUAGAUAAGCAAAAUAUCUCAAUUCAUUUUGGAAACCAUACAGCUAAGGACACAUGCCCUUGAAAUAGGAAAAAAAUGCAGAUUUUAACCUUGUUCCCAUCCUAGUAUGUUUUUUUUUUGUGUGAUUUGAUUUACAGAGUCAUUUGCUAGAUGAACAAACAUUCACUGUUUCUUGCUGGAACGAGCCAAGCCUUAUAAUUCGCGAUAAGUUUCAGUUCAAUCGAGUGUAUUUCUUUAGUUUCUAAAUUGCUAUUUCGGCUGCAGAUAUAGGCCUUUGAUAACAGAUACUUGCAAAUUUCUCAGUUCAUCAAUCCAGUUAGUGUAUAUUGGACCUGUACAGGGUAUCUUAAUGGAGUCAUGUUGGACUCUUAUCCAGAAUCUACCCGUAUGCAAAGCCAAUAUGAGUACCGUGUUAAUCUCAUCUGCAAACCACAGAUCUGGCCACAAUGUCAAAGGUCAAGGUCAUAGUUCAAGCUCAUAUGUUAAAAAAACCACGUAUACGGGCCAAAACCGUAAUUUUUGGUUCAUUUUAAAAUAACUGUCACUGAUAUUCCUCAUGAGAGAUCGUCCAUGUCCCUCAAGUGAGCGACCCAGGACCAUUUGGUCCCUUUUGUUUUAGUGUAGAAAGCCCAAAUCAAUUUUAGACUAUGUUCAUCAUUCCAGUUUGAAACAUUGUUGAUGUACUUUGAAGGGAUGUUAUUCAAAAAGCCAAACAGCCCGUGAAAAAAAAACUGUUAUAACAAAUUUUAAAAGAACAUUAUUUGUAAUGAAGCUUUAAGUAAAUAAUGUUUUUUUUAUUACAAUGUCAGAUGUUUGGUUUUGUACAAACACUUCUGCCGGUUACAAAUUUGAUAGAAAUAAAACCAAAAAGGAGCACAACUCCAUGAUCACUGAUUUCGGGGUGAUGUUCGAUAAGUAUCAAUGACAGUUAAACUCUGCAUCUCGAAUUUCAAGGGACCCAGUCUUUUACUUCGAGAUAAUCGAAAUUCGCCUCAAAAGGAUAUUAUGUACCGGGACUUGAAAAUGUUUUCAAGACAGCCGAAAUUUUGUGAUAAGCGAGUUCGAAUUACAGGGUUUCUGCUGUAUUUGAUGUACAGUAAUGACACCGUCUCUCUACAAGCAUAGGUUUUUUUCCUAGUAGACAAUCUAAACUUACCUCUACAGAGCAACAACUUCUGUACAACAAACUUAUAUCAGCCUCCCAGAAAUGUUGCCUCGCAGAGGUUUUACUGAGGUUAUAUUUCUAACAAAUACCAUGAAAGAGAAGAAACAGAUCAGGAAAGUAUAGACAGACGGAGCAUUAAUUACUAGUGAUAAACUGAUUUGAGCCCAUACAUUUCUUUACAAAGGACACUCAGAUGGGAAGCCUUGAAAUAAACUGAAUUAUAAGAUAUAUGCAAGUGUGAGAUGUAAACAAGAGCUGUCGGAGGACAGCAACGCUCGACUAUUCAACAGCCUUGUCAACUGAAUGAAUACAAAAGUUGAAAAAGGGGCAUAAUUUUGUAAAAUGCAAAGUAGAGGUAUUGAACCUCUGUACUGCAUGUCAUAUCAUGACAGUGAACAAGUGUGUGAAGUUUCAAUCCUUUCCAAUUUGUGGAUACUGAGAUACCAGCUUACAUAUAAAAACUUAACAAAAAACUGCUAAGUCAAAGGGGCAUAAUUUUGUAAAAAUGCCAAGUAGAGUUAUGGGACCUUCACAGUGCAUGUUAGAUCAUGACAGUGAACAAGUGUGUGAAGUUUCAAUCCAUUCCAAUUAGUAGAUACUGAGAUAUCAGAUUACAUACAAAAAUUUAACCAAAAACUGCUAAGUCGAAAAAGGGGCAUAAUUUUGAAAAAAAAAAGAGAGUAGAGUUAUGGGACUUGCUUAGUGCAUGUCAGAUCAUGAUAGUGAACAAGUAUGUGAAGUUUCAAUCCAUUCCCAUUAGUAAGUACUGAGAUACCAGCUUACAUACAAAACCUUAACCAAAAAUUUCUAAGUCGAAAAAGGGGCAUAAUUUUGUAAAAAAGCAAAAUAGAGUUAUGGAACCUGUGCAGUGUAGAUCAGUUCAUCACAGUGAAUAAGUGUGUGAAGUUUCAAUCCAUUCCCACAAGUGGUUACUGAGUUACCAGCUUACAUACAAAACCUUAACCAAAAAUUUCUAAGUCGAAAAAGGGGCAUAAUUUUGUAAAAAAGCAAAAUAGAGUUAUGGAACCUGUGCAAUGUAAGUCAGUUUGUCACAGUGAAUAAGUGUGUGAAGUUUCAAUCCAUUCCCACAAGUGGUUACUGAGAUACCAGCUUACAUACAAAACCUUAACCAAAAUCGGGACGCGGACGCGGACGCCGACGCCGACGCGGACGCCGACGCAUGGGCGAGUGCAAUAGCUCACUAUUCUAUGAAUAGUCGAGCUAAAAAUGAAAAUGAA